AUGGCAGGCACAAUCACGAGCAAUGAGGGGCACGGCUCCGUGAGCUCCGCGAACCUGAAGUCUCACCCCCAAAUCAACGGCGCACAGCAUGACGAGAUUCUCCCUGUUACUAAAGUACCGGCUCUGGAUACGAUUGAUCCAUAUACUGUCCGCCGAGAUAUUAAUAUUGUGGUGGUAAAUAGCCCCCGGACUGAGCUCAUCUGCAGCACAGAUAUUCUCGAUGUGGUCGACGACAUCAUCCAGGGUUAUGCGCGCUUUAUCUCGGAAUUUGUUGGGCUCGAGGAUAUUGCUUUUCUUGUUUCUCGUCAUGAAGACUUUGGAUCUGGAUCGACUCCAGCUCGCAAUGUCAUAGUUGCCUAUGUGUUCUCGUCCAAGGAGAGGCAGAGUCUGAAUUGUUUAAGCAGCUGCGCCGUGCGCCAACUUGAUGAAAGAUACUACAACAAAGACGAGAUACAAUUCUCUUUGGACUUGGGAUCAAACUCAGAGCCUGAGAAUGGCGAAAAGCAGCAUCCCAGUGCCCAAGAACAUCAUUUCAAUUUAUUUAUUAGACCUACUGCCGCAAACCGAAGUAUCUUGGAAAUCGGCUUCUCUUGCCCCAGGCAAUUAAUUCCCGACCCGGCGGUACACCAGCUGCUGAAGACAAUUGCUUCGCACAUAGCAAGUUCCUCGAAAUUCCUCACCUCCAAGACAGCUCUACCAGAGGCAUCAAUCAUUAAUUUCCCGCCACUUAUGACACCCCCUCCAAUAGACGACAGACACAAUGGGGGUGUUGGAUAUAGUAACUCUCAGCGUUCCCUUCUUCAUGCCGCUUUCGAGGGCUGGGCCCGUAGAAAGCCUAAUGCGAUAGCACUUGAUUUUGUACAUUCUUUACCUUCAGUAUCAGCCUCAGAGCACAGUAUUCUCACCUACGCUGCCCUGGAUAAAGCCGCGUCAAAUGUGGCCAUUCACAUAAGGGCUCUUGUUUCCGGCAACGAAAAACCAGCGGAUUAUGGACGCAUCAUUCCGGUCUAUAUGACAACGUCACCGGAACUUUAUAUCUCCUAUCUCGGUAUCCUAAAGGCUGGUUAUGCAUUCUCCCCCAUCCCUCAAGAUGCUCCUGCUCAAAGGGUGCAAGAAAUCAUUGAAGAUAUCGGUUCACCGAUUAUACUUGGAAAUGCCCCUGAACCCUUUCCUUGCCCGUGGCAAGUUGAUUGUGCGAAUAAAAUAACCAAGUACACUUGGGUUGAUGUGGCAGAGGUAUCAAAGUGGAAAGAGUUGCGUGGUGACCAGAUUCCACCACGACCCUUUAAUAACCCUCUUGAGAAGUUAGACAUCCAGGAGAACCAGAUUGCCUAUCUUCUCUUUACCAGUGGUUCUACUGGGAAACCUAAGGGUGUUCAGGUCAGCCAUUUGGCUGUUACCUGCUCUAUUAAUUCACAUGCUACAUCGAUUCCACUGCCAGGAGACUCCCUUGGUGAUUUCCGCUGGUUCCAGUUUGCUUCCCCAACGUUUGAUCCAUCGCUGAUGGAAAUAUUUGUGACGUUGAGCUGCGGUGCUACACUUUGUUCUGCAGACCGUGGGCUGACAUUGAUGGACUUAGAAGCAACAAUAAACGAGACAAAGGCAACCGUCAUGAUGGCCACUCCCAGCUUGGCUGCACUUUUACGACCGUCCCGUCUCACUACUCUUCAAUCUCUUUGGACAAUGGGAGAAAAGCUCAACCGAACAGUCAUUGAGAAUUUCGCAGCUAAGCCUGACAUCAACGGGACGAAGAGCAUUGCUGCCGGUCCUUCAAGGAUGCUAGUUAACGCCUACGGGCCUACGGAAGGGGCCAUUAACUGCACGUUUCUCCCAUUUGACUAUUCAAUUCGGGGCUCGAUCAUUGGAAAAGAACUUCCCACUUGUGCGAUGUUUGUUUUGGAACCCAACAGCAAAGUCCCCAAAAUAGUUCCUUCUGGACUCACCGGGGAGCUGGCAAUAGGAGGCCCGCAGAUUAGCAAAGGCUAUUUGAAUCGCCCUAAAGAGACUGCAAAAUCAUUCGUAUUCAGCCCUGAGUUCGGCUACCUAUACCGUACCGGCGACAUGGGGCGUAUUGUCUGGGAUGAAUCCGGUUCUCAAGUCCUUGAAUUCCUUGGCCGCAUCACCUCCGAUCAGGUGAAAAUUAGUGGUCGUCGUCUAGAACUGAGUGAAGUGGAGUCUGUACUUGCCACUGUGGAUAGAGUUACUGAGGUCGUGGCAGUGGUUUCGAAGCAAGACAAUAACUUACAAGGUAGUGAACAGAUCGUGGCAUGCCUAGUGACAAGUGACAAAAGCGACAUAGCAAAGCAGGAAAUUAUGCACGAAGCGCAGAGAACAGCACAGCGACAUCUCUCAUCUUAUAUGUGCCCAUCGGCGUACACUUUCUUCCCAUCGCUUCCGAAGUCCAGUUCAGGGAAGGUUGAUCGCAAGUCAAUAUCUGCUAAGUUACAACUGUAUGAAAAUAACGGCCUUCAAGUAUUCUCUUCUUCAACGUCGGGACUCUCAAACAGUGUCCAAGUCGAUUGGGACGCAACAGAUGACGCAGAUCUCCUAUUAUUGCAGCAGCUGGUGGUUACACUCAUCUCAGAGACUAUUGAAGAAGACGCAUGCGAAGUCAAGGCAGGCGCAGACCUUCAUUCCCUUGGCAUCGAUAGUCUUGGAGCGAUGCGACUCCUGCAAAAGUUAAGGGAUCAUUCCAUCGGAGGCUUAUCAGUGGCCGAUGUCUUACAAUCUGGGACACCUAAAGCACUAGUUUCAACUAUUGCUAGAUAUCGUCAAGCGAAUUGUGAUGCAUCAACCAACGGUAUAGACUCCGACAAUUUGGGCGAAACCAUUCGUCAGAAUCUUGCAUCCUUCUCCGACCGCAACCGCCUAAUAUGUGCAGAGAGACUUUAUUUGACACCAGAAAAGAUCCAGAACGUCUUGCCAACUACAGCAACACAAUCUGGUAUGUUAGCAAGCUUUCUGCGCAGCUCUGCCGAUAAUACCUUUGCCUCCCGCUCUUAUAUCUAUCAUUCCGUCCUCCCACUCGAGCCACACGUCGACAUUGAACGCCUAAAGAUCGCAUGGCAAAGUGUAACAGCCUGUUAUGAUUCCUUCCGAACGGUCUUUUGUUGGCUCGACGAUGAUAUGGCCCCUUUUGCCCAAUGUAUUCUUGCCGAAGGGGCAGUAGCUGAAGCAAAUUGGAAUGUUUAUUCUGUGUCCCCAGAUGAUACGUUGGGCGAAGAAGGAACUCUUACCAAGGCACUGCGAAACGCCGACGAGACAAUCAGCUUAGAUACGCCUCCAUGGAGGCUAUCCUUAGUCCAAUCCGCCGAACGAACCUUGGUAGUACUAAGCAUGUUUCACGGAAUCUUUGAUGGAGGCUCGUUACAGCUACUUCUCGAAGAUGUCUCCUCUGUUUACGCAGGGAUGCAGGUCGCCAAGCGAACAUCUCUAGAAUAUAUUGUCAAGCAUCAUUUUAAUGCUGACCAUAAUGCAACUUCUCGGUUCUGGGAAAAGCAACUUGAGCAGUAUUCGCCGGCGGUCUUCCCAUCACUCACCCCAUAUCGACCUCCCUCAGCGAAGACAACGCAACGCGUGGAAAUAAUUGCCCAGACAAGUCAUAUCAGUCUGAAAAGACGAUCCAGAAAUAUCGGUUCAACUCCAUUGGCUGUUCUUCAAGCUGCUUGGGGUUCGGUCUUGCUAGCAUACACGGGAACUCCGGAUCAGGACAUCGUGAUGGGCAGUGUGGUAUCUGGGCGUCUUGAUCCUGAUUCAGAAAUAUGCAUUGGUCCGACAUUUACAACCGUUCCCAUCCGCAUGGCCAUUAAUCAUAUACAAAAAGAUCCCAGAGGCCUUUACACAAAUAGAGUUGUUGCACGUCAUUUGACAUCAUUGAACACCCAGUCCCUACCGUAUUUGCAGCCCCGUUUAGGGUCACUAGUGACAGCGGACGGCCGACUCCCCUACGACACGCUCUUGGCCUAUCAAGAUUUUAAUGCUGGCUCCAGUUCAAGCGGGCUCUGGAGCUUGAUCGACCACCCACCAAUGGCAAAUGAUUUUGCGGUGAUGAUUGAAAUCUGGCCCGAUGUCGACUCGUCUUUAACUUUCCGCGCCAGCUUCAACAACACACAGCUGGACUCAAGGUCGGCCGAAGAUAUGCUUAGGUCAAUGGCUGACAUUGUCGAAUACAUACUUGGAGACCCAAACGGGGACUUCCUAGAUGCCCCGUCGAACAUCCAACCUGAGCUAAAGUCAGUAUAUAAUCGCAGAGCCAGCGUUGUUCAAGAAGUAUCAGAGAAUGCUUUACUUCAUUCAAGAUUCGAAAACCAUGCAGAAUCUCACCCUAACGAUUUAGCUUUAAUAUUCAAGGGUGACUUAGAGAACGACAAUAGUUCUCUUAAUACUUCAUGGACCUAUUCGGAGCUGAAUUCGAUUGCCGACGAUCUCGCGGAACAUCUUCAAAUGUGUGGCCUCCUAGCAAAUACCCCAGUACCAAUCUGUAUCGAUAAAAGCCCGGCGUUGUAUGUGGCCAUUUUGGGGAUUCUGAAAGCCGGAGGUGCCUGGUGUCCUAUUGAUACACUGGCCCCUGCACAACGUCGUCAUGACCUUAUUGCCCGAACAGGUUCAAAUGUUCUCCUUGUUUCGUCUGUAGACGGGGCACAACCUGACGACGCUGUACCUAGCGGCGUUGGUGUUGUCGAUGUCAGCAAAUUCCGAGCAUCCACUAAAAUAAACGGAGUGAUGAAGAAGAGCAUGAAAAAACGAACCAAUUCAGAAGGUAUGGCUUAUUUAAUCUGGACUAGUGGCACAACAGGAGCUCCAAAGGGUGUCCCAAUCAGCCAUUCCGCCGCAGUAUGCAGUAUAAAUUCUCUCUGCAGGGAUAUUCCAGCCAAUGCGGAUGGCAGCACUGUACGAUGCUUGCAGUUUUCACAAUACACAUUCGACGUGUCAAUCCAGGAUAUCUUUUAUACAUGGGGACUGGGAGGUGUUCUAAUUUCAGCCUCAAGGGAGAUAAUGCUUGGCUCAUUUUCUAAACUUGCAAAUCUCACAAAAGCCACCCAUGCACACCUAACGCCGGCCUUUGCAGCUGGAGUUCCAAGGAAUAGCUGUAAAACACUAAAGGUGGUUACCAUGAUUGGCGAAAAGCUGACUCACCCCGUUGCCGAGGACUGGGGCACUGAUAUGCGAGCCUUCAAUACUUAUGGACCAGCCGAAGUCACUAUUGUUUCCACAAUAAGGGAGUUCGGGAAUGAGCAUAAUAAUAUCAAGAGUGCAAACAUUGGAUGGCCUAUGGAUACUGUUUCUGUUUAUGUGACUAAAAAUCAGCGUACAGUGAUGAAAAAUGCAGUUGGAGAGUUGGCCUUGGGUGGUCCACAACUUUCCCCUGGCUAUUUAAACCAAAAAGAUGUCACCAAGGCCAAAUUCUUAUGGAGUGAGGAAGCUUUUCAAACUCUGUACUAUACUGGUGACCUAGUACGAAUGCUCGCUGACGGAUCGCUUGAGUACAUAAACCGAGUUGAUGACUUGGUUAAACUUGGCGGUAUUCGAGUAGAGUUGAGUGAGAUCAGUUUCUCUCUCCGUGGAUGCCACCCCCAAGCUGAGAAUAUCGAGACACUCAUUCUCAGUCGUCCAGAUAGGCCUUCAAAGGUGGUGGUUGUAUUCCUUUCUGCAUCGGGUGCAGAUGGUCCAGCAGAUGAUGGACAGCUCUUGAUCCUCAAUGACAAAGCGCUCGAAAUUGCUCGUUCCGCUAACGACCAAGCGCAAGCCAUUUUGCCCGACUAUAUGAUCCCGUCAGUCUAUUUGGUGGUGAGGAGCAUUCCGAGAACCCCAUCUGCUAAGACCGAUCGCCGGGCGCUGCAGGCUGCAUAUGCCGUUGUUGAUAUCGAAGCCUGGGAGAGCAGAAUGAACCCUGAAAACAUUGCUCUUGACCAGAUAUCAGUGGAUCAAUCCAGUACAAGUACGACAGCAAAUAUUAUCAGCAAGAUAGCUUUACUCGCCAACGUUUCACCUUCAAUAAUCACAAAGACUAGUCGUCUUGGCAGCCUGGGUAUUGAUUCCAUCCGCGCGAUACGUCUAGCCUCUCGCUUGAAGGAGUCCGGCUAUCAGCUUUCGGUCGUUGAAGUUCUUAACUGUGUCACCGUUCAAGAUCUCGUCAAAUUAGCAUCCUCGGUAGAAGUCACCAGAGCAGAUACGGAUGCAUUCGAUUUGAAAGGAUUCAACGAUAUCUGGCAUACACCAGUGUCAGCUAAAGUGCGAGAAGACUUUCUCGCUGUGCCUGCAACUACGAUCCAGGAAAGCUUGCUUAGUGAAACAAUGGGGACAUAUAAUAUGUACUGGAGCAACCAUUUCUUCUCUCUUGAUCGUUCUGUGGACAUUAAUAAACUGAGGCAUGCCUGGCUCUCUGUCUCCCAAAAUACGGAGGCCCUGAGAACUGGAUUUGUCCCCGUGGCUGAGGUUACAACUGAUAACAAGCUGGGAAGUUCGGAAUUUUCGAUGUUGCAGCUAAUAUAUAGACUUCCCGACUUCGACUGGGGGUAUUGUGAGUGCAGUGAACAAGACUGGAUCGAACAGCGUGACAAUCGAAUCGAUGAAAUCAUGAAAAAACAUCAAAAUACCUACUUCAAGAAUCCACCAUGGGCAGUUACUGUGUUCGACAAGAAGGAUGAGAUGGUAAUGGUUUUUACUAUUCAUCACUCUAUUCAUGAUGGUCCUUCGCUCAGUCUAGUUAUGGAUGAUGUCCUUUCUGCUUAUAGUUAUAAGCCUCCUUCAAGGCAUCAGCUCAGUGAUGCCCUUUCCAUACUUCUUCCCACGAAUGAAAGGUGCAAAGAUACCUACAGCUUCUGGUCGUCUGAACUGGAAAAGUUCUCAGAACUUGAUGUUCCAGUAUGGCCAGAUCUGACUGGGAUAAGGCUGCAACAAGGCGAGGUCCAAGAACAUAGAUUCAUUGCAGCAGAGUGUCCGUUAACAGAGCCUGCUUCAGAGCUCCAAACUGCUAUAGCUCAGUUGGGUGUUUCAUCCAUCGUUUCAAUUAUCAGAGCAGCUUGGGGGUUUGUAUCAAUCAGUUACCUUGGUGUCCCAGCCACUGUGUUUGGGGAAACACUCUCCGACCGUGUUCUGCAUCCAGAUCUCGAGGAUAAUAUAGGGCCAUUGGUAUCUGUCGUCCCAAUCCCAUUUCAUCCUGAAGGUAGUGUACGAGAGUUUUUGGCAGAACAGCACCGGCUUUCUAUUCAAUCAUGGAAAUAUCGUCACAUUCAUGCUCGCGACGUUCGGAAAAUGCUCAAACGACCGCGUGGAGAGCCAUUAUACCCAGCAGUUUUCAAUUUUCAUGUAGCUGAUGAGGAACCCAAGAGCUCGCCGUCACACAUUUGGCAUGAGCUGGAGGAUCAAAUUGGUUUGCAUGUUGAACAUCCCAUGGCUAUGAAUGUCUUCCAGCGUGCGAAUGGCUCUUUGGUGUUGGAGGCUUCUUCAGACAUAGCUUUAAUGAACAAGGACCAGUUGGCACUUUUUGUCAAUCAGAUCGAUGGCCUUGUCAGCGCGAUGUUGAGAUUCCCUGAUGAACAGGUCUCAAAUCUUGUCACCCGUCUUCCAACAAACCUUCGGUCGAUCUCAAACAGGCCUGUCAGUGACAUAGUCGCAGACUCAGUCAAUACCAGUCCGACAUAUUGGUUAGAACUCUAUGCCAAAGAACACCCCGAGUGGACUGCCGUGGAGGUAGCAAACAGUAUAUCUCCAAGCGGUAUUGAAAAGGAAAUUAUGACAUAUGGUAUGCUAAACACUGAAGCCAACCGCGUCGCUGCGUUUAUUGCAUCACUUGGUCACAAAAACAGAAUGAUUGCAGUCUGCUGUGGGCGAAACAUCCCUUCCUAUCCGGUCAUUAUUGGCAUCUUCAAGUCCGGAAAUAUCUAUUUGCCAAUCGAUGAAGGGCUUCCAGCCGACCGAAAAGCGUUCCUGAUUGAGGAUGCCGAUUGUCCUCUUCUGUUUACCGAAUCGUCAUUCUCCCCGUCGUUCUCCCGCGUUCCUGAAACAUGCCAUAUGUUUUGUACCGACGAUUUGGAGUUCCAAAGGGCGGUUAUGGAGAUGCCUCCUGAAAACAGGGACUAUCAAUCCCACCCGGAUGACCUCUCAUACCUUCUGUUUACAUCGGGAUCUACAGGCAAGCCUAAAGGCGUUAUGGUUACCAGGGGAAAUCUCUCAUCGUUUAUUGAAUCUUACAACAAUUUCAUUGUAGAAGCCGCUCCGCGCACGUUGAAACUGGGGGGCACAGGGAGACAACUUGCACAAGCUAGUAGGGCCUUUGAUCCUCACUUGCUAGAAAUGUUCUAUCCUUGGCGCCAUGGAAUGGCGACAGCGACAGCACCCAGGGCGAUGAUUCUUGACGACCUUCAAGUGACACUUUCCCAAUGGGAAAUCACUCAUGCAUGUUUUGUACCUUCAUUGGUGGAUCAGGCAAACAUCCUCCCAGAGCACUGUCCAAAUUUGGUAUACAUGAGUGUUGGGGGUGAAAAAAUAUCCCAAAAGGUGUUGGAUGCGUGGGCCACAUCCCAUAUCACACUUGCCAAUGCAUACGGUCCGACUGAGGUUACAAUUGGCUGUACAUUUGCUCACAUUGACAGAGACACAAAUAUGCGGAACAUCGGACCACCUUUAACUUCCUGCGUCUGUCAUGUCCUUGUCCCUGGCACACAAACAUAUACUCUCAAAGGCCAGACUGGAGAGCUAUGCUUCACAGGGGAUAUUGUUGCCAAGGGUUACCUUAACAGACCAGAUGCAACAGGGUUUGUUUCCGGACCCAAUGGUGAACGGAUGUAUCGGACUGGUGAUAUAGGGCGCUUAAUGGCAGAUGAUUCUGUCGAGUAUCUUGGCCGUGGUGAUGACCAGACUAAGAUUCGAGGACAAAGACUAGAACUCGGUGAAGUUUCUGAAAUUCUUCGUUCGUCCUCAGCAGUUGAGAUUGAUGUCGUCACAACUGUUGCUAAACACCCCGGCCUUGCAAGAGUACAACUUAUUUCUUUCUUCGCAAGAUCCGAUGCUCGUCAACGUGAAAAGGGUGGAGUAGUCGCAUUCAUCCAAUCUGACUUCACCACUCUGGGUAAAGAGCUCCAAGAUAUUUGCAAAAAGAAACUCCCCGGGUACAUGAUCCCUGAGCUCAUCUUGCCUAUAACAUACAUCCCGCUUGCACCGAUGUCCGGGAAGGCAAAUGUCAAGGAUCUUCACGCAUUGUUUUCUAGUCUUCCACUGCCUGCGAUACUUCAGGGAAACAACUCUACCAACAUAGAUGGUGCUUCCAUGACCCGACUUUUGACUGCAGAUGAAGGGGCCGUAGUGAAUGAAGUCUGUACUGUCAUUGCUGCCGAUCCCUCGACGAUUGGGCCCCUGACCAAUAUUUUUGAAGUUGGCCUGGACAGUCUGAGUGCUAUAGGUCUGUCUAUAAAACUCAGAAAAAUCGGAUACGAAGCUACUGUGGCCCUUGUGAUGAGCAACCCAGUCAUAGAACAACUUGCGCGUCUUCCUAGGAAAUCCUCUUCGCAGGAUGCAAAUGCUGCCGUGUCAAAAAUACGUCAAAGCCUUGUGGAAAAGGAAUCAUUGUACCAUCAAACUAUCCCUGCAGGCACUGACGUGUCGCAAGUGGCAUCAGUUAUGCCCUGCCUGCCGCUUCAAGAAGGUUUGGUGGCCCGUUCUAUCAACAAUGAAGGCGAUCAGCUUUAUGUCAAUCAUGUUGUUCUACAGCUUGAGGACCAUAUUGAUGGUGCGCAGCUGAAAUCUGCAUGGCAGGCCGUCGCCAGUGACAAUGCAAUCAUGAGAACCGCGUUUGCUCCGUUGGAUAAAGAAGUAGUACAAGUGAUACUCUCAGCUGAUUCUCACACAAUCCGUUGGGACGAAGAAUCGUAUGGGUGCUUGGAAGAAUCACUUGAAAAGCAGAAGCUGCGGCAAGGACAAGUUUCUCGUGAUAUUAUCUCAAACAUUUCUACGGUUCCUCCAGUUCGAUUCCAAUUUGCAUGUUCAUCUAGCAACCGCCCGCUGGCUCUCUUUGUCUCCAUUCAUCAUGCUCUUUAUGAUGGUGAGUCGUUCUCGAUGUUAUUAGACGAUGUGGCAGCGAGAUAUGCGAAGGAUCCAGUUCCACAAAGAGGUUCACCAGCGACUUUCAUAGAGCAUAUCUACACUCAGGAUUCAGAAAAGGCAAAGAGAUACUGGACACAGUAUCUCAGCGGCUGCCGCUCCACACUUUUCCGGACAGACUUCAAUGUCCUGGAAAGUCCAAGAUUGGUUUCCAGAACGCUAAGCAACAAGUUGACUGAUUUGGAGCGACGUUCAGCAAGCCUUCAAACAACUGUCCCAUCCUUGGUCCAAGCGAUAUUUGCUCUCCUGCUGGCCGAUGCAGUAGGAGUCUCUGAUGUGACUUAUGGACUUGUACUUUCCGGUCGGGCUGUCUCGGUUACUGGAGCAGACUCUGUGAUCCUCCCUUGUAUCACGACCGUUCCUGGACGGUUAGAUACCAAUGAGCUGAACACAGUUACUGAAGUAGUUGAAUAUGUACAGAAAUCAACAGUCAGGUCUCUGGAGUUCCAGCACACUUCCUUGAGACAUAUACAACGCUGGUUAAAUUCUGAUUCUCCGUUAUUCGAUUGCCUCUUUUCCUACAUCCAAGCUACUACGCCAUCGAACCACAACAUUUGGCGAGAGCUUGAUAGUCAAAUGCCGGCGGAGUAUCCCCUCGCAGUUGAGGUUGAAGCGAGUUCGACAAUGGACACUGUCAAUAUUAAUUGCUAUUUUUCUCCCGUAUUCAGCUCCUUGCAUGGUGGAGAGGAAUUCCUUGAGAAGAUGGAGGCAGUGCUAUCGAGUGUCGUAUCAGGCGAAACUCUCUCAUUAGACAACUUCAACCUUCCUCAAUCAGAAGGGUCUGGCUCACGCUCGCCAAUUGCCCAGUGGGAUGAAACAACUUGGUCCGUCACAGAGGCCAAAAUACGAGACCUCACCGGGGCCUUCUGCGGGCUGGCAUUGACGGACGUCUCAAAGGGUGCGUCUUUUAUAAGCCUUGGAAUUGAUUCUGUCACUGCUAUACGGUUUUCACGAACGCUACGUGAAGUGGGAUUCGCGGUAUCGUCAUCUGAUGUUAUGCGCUUCUCCUGUGUGGGCGCAUUGGCUAUGCAUAUCGAACAGAUUUCCAUUGGCCCACAAAAUCAAUCAAAUGGGCACAAGAGCUCCGCCGUUCCAUACGAUGUCUACAAGAAACAUGUUCAUCUGCUUAGCGAGAGUGAUUCAAUCUCUGCAGCAUUUGAGUGUACUCCUUUACAGUCGGGAAUGAUAACGCAGACCAUUGGGUCUGCUGGGCAAGUCUAUGUCCACCCCCAUCCUGUCAGGCUUGCGGAGUCAGUUGACGUUACUCAGCUGAAAACUGCUGUUCAUAAAGUAAUCCUAUCAAAUGAUAUUCUUCGCACCUCCUUUCAUCUGAUUCCAGAGUUAGCCCAUUCCUGGAUUGGUGCUGUGCACACAUACCCUCCCUUUGAAUGGAAAGAGAUUAGCCUUCCCUCCGAUGCCGACGUGCUGUCUGAGGUAAGCGCCAUUGCUUCAUUCCGUGAGGAGGCAUCAUUUGAGGUUCCACCAAUCCGAACAGUUUUGGUCAAUCAGCCAGAUGGCAGACUCCUUGUUAUCAUCAUGCACCAUGCCCUUUAUGACGGUGCAUCUCUGCCAUUUUUCUUUGAGGAUCUUGCCAUUGCCUACGAUAAUAAAAUACUAGCGGAGAGGCCGCAGUUUUCAGAAACUGUUGAAUAUGUUUUGGCUAAACAAGCGGAUUCUUGCGACUUUUGGACCCAGAAAUUGUUGGGAUAUAAGGCCGCCGAGAUCCCACAGCUGCCUUCCGAUCAGGCAUCGGAUCGUAUGUUUCUUUCGGAACAUCGGGUUGACCUCGAGCUGUCCACGACUAUUGAAUCUUGCAAGGCUAUGGAAGUUACUGUGCAGAGUGUUGCUUUGUUAGCAUAUGCCAAAGUCCUUGCCCAUACCAUCGGUCAGCGCGAUGUUGUGUUUGGACAGGUUCUUGCAGGCCGCUCUUUGCCGACCCCAGGGGCUGAGAAAACCCUUGGGCCAUUAUUCAAUACAGUUGCACAAAGAGUCACCUUUGAGCCGAGGUUUCUAAGCAAUAAGGCAAUGGCUCUACAGCUACAACUUUUGACGGCAGAUGCACAAGUCUACCAGCAAGCCCCACUGAGGGUCAUCCAGAAUUCCCUAAGACAAGUGAACGAAUUCAAGUCCACUUCUCUUUUCGACACACUUUUCGUUUUUCAAAAGAGCGCCGACUUUGCAGGGGGUAUUUUGGAGACACAGCAAAUUUGGACUCCUUAUGAAACUGAUGACUACGCCGCACAAGCCGAAUAUAAACUGAAUGUUGAGGUUGAUCAUGGAAAAGAUGGCAUCGUCGCCAGGGCAUCAUGCAAUGGCCAAUAUCUAUCCCAAAGUAGUCUUGACAACUUCAUUGCUGAAUUUGGUGCUGUCUUCCGAGACAUAAUCGAGCAUCCAACGAGGUGUGCGACAGUCAUGCCGGAGCGACUUGGUGAAUUGCCGCUUAGUCUCUCUGCUCCAGAGCAACAGGUAGAUGCAUUUGAAGACUCUGACGCACCUGCACACGAAAACAUGAUUCAGUCAGUACUUGCAGACGUCACUGGGGUUACAGUGGACCACAUCAAGCCAAGAACAAGCAUCUUCAGCAUUGGGUUGGACUCCCUAUCAGCAAUCCGUAUUGCGUCUAUAUGUCGGUCAAAGGGACUCAAGACCAGUGUUGCUGACAUCCUCCAAGGGAAUACCCUCCGGGGUAUCAGCCAACGAGUCCGACCCAUAGAGGAGAGUACUAUUAAGCACAAAGGUUCACUUUUCCCAGAUUAUGAGCGUAUAGAGAAGGCAGUGAGCGAGAAGCUUAGCUUGCCGAAGGAAGCCAUCGAGGCAAUAUUGCCUUGUCUUGGAGGCCAAUUCUAUCACCUUAUCAGCUGGUUGAGAUCCGGAAGAAAGCUGUUCGAGCCUGCUUGGCCAUACUUCAGCUCAGAAUGUAUCGAUAGUGAAAAGCUAGAAGAAGCUUGGUAUCAACUUCGUCAAAGGCACCCAAUCCUCCGAACCUGCUUUGCAGCCCUCUCGUCGUCAGAAGCUGUUCAAGUUAUCAUGAAGGAGGCCCUGCGUGAUACCGAAACCUUCCAGGUUAUCAGCUCUUCAUCUCCUAUUACUGACGCUGCGAAGGCUCAGGCGAAGGAAGAAGCUUUGAAACCCUCUUCGCUGUUUGUUCCUCCUGUUCGCCUUCGCCUCUUGAAAGCGAGUGACCGAGAUGGAAUUCUUAUCCUUGUCAACCAUGCUGCAUAUGAUGCAUGGACAAUGCCAAUGUUUGUGACUGAACUCGAACGUCUCUAUCGUGGUCAGCUAUUGGACACAAACCCCGAUUUUGCAUCAUUCGUUGAUUUCUCGGUCCGUUCCCUUCGUGACAUAGACGAGAAGGCUUACUGGGCCGCUGCACUUAGGUUCGGUAACUGCACAGUUAUUAAGAACUCUAUGGGAAGUAGAGAUAGCACUGUCCCCGAUCAGUUGUUUGUUGGAGCUUGGGAGAAGGUUAAGAAUGUCUCCCAGCUAGAAACUACGUGCCGUUCUGUGGGCCUGAGUCUCCAAACUUUGGUCCUCCUAGCCGUUGCACGUUGCCUUGCUCGAAUGACUGGGGUCAAGAAUCCGACAAUGGGCUUAUAUCAAGCCGGCCGAUCAGGCUCGUUUGCUGGAAUUGAGAAACUUACCGGGCCUUGUCUCAAUGUGAACCCAUUCACUGUUCCCGAUGCAAUUUCUGACAUCGACAACUCCCCCUCGAAACUUUUGAGCAAGGCACAGGCCAUUCAAGCCUCCCUGGCCGAACGCGUUUCGUACGAACAAAGCUCACUCUGGGAUGUUCUACGGUGGGCUGGGGCUCAGCAACCCGAAAGGCCACUUUUCAACGCCUGGGUCAAUUUACUCUGGAUGCAGAACGCAGUGCCAUCCAGCAACGACAUCACAUCGGAUGUGGAUUCACGUGAUAGCCACAAUCUGUUUUUGCCUCUUCAUGUCGGCGUCCCCACAGAUUUCAUCCCUGUUGAGCCCCCAGCGGGAUUGGAAUCUACCUCCGUGUCAGCAUUGGACACCUCUUCUCUACCGAAUGAAAAUCUCUACAUAGACAUUGGGCCUGACCCCAAGACCGACACAAUCGGGUUCGGUAUCCGUGUGGAGGGUGGUAUCCUCUCAGAGGAAGAAGUCGAUCAGGCGAGUAGCAUCCGCCACGCCCUGAAGCUGAAUUUCCUGGACCCCGAGGAGGAAUCUUUGGUUGUUGCGAAAGCGAAUCGGCUAGAAUUUUACAGCCUUACGCCCGACGGAUUAAGUCUCGCUGCAUCAUGCGCUAUCAAUGCUCGAGUAACCAUGUUGACCCGCCUACCCAAGCCCGCGGAUUCCCCUACGGACCACCUCUUCGUCGGCACGGAUCAGCAGAAAUAUUUCACACUGUCGUGGAAUAGUUCCACACAGCAGGUUCGGACAGAACGGAAUUACGUCGACAUUUCGGACCCAUCGUCACGCGAGUCACAAACAGGGAAUCGGUGCCUGGUUGAUCCCAGCGGUCGAUUCAUGACACUAGAGAUCUAUGAGGGGUUGGUUGCGGUGGUUCCGAUUGUGCAGCUGCCUGGAAAAAGGAGAGGACGGGCGCCUACUUUGCCAUCGGGCCCGGAUGCCCCUAAGGUGGGGGAGUUGGGGGAGAUGACAACCGCUCGGAUCGAUGAACUCUUUGUGCGGUCCUCCGCAUUUCUACAUGUUCAGUCAGGGCCACCACGCUUGGCUCUUCUGUACGAGGACAAUGAAAAGAAGGUUAAAAUGAAGGUCAGGGAGCUGGAAUACACGGGUGCCACGGCAAGCACGAGCGCAGACGCAACCCUUGCACAUGUAGAGGACUUCGUACAGGAGCUAGACCUUGGAGCUUCUCAUCUUAUACCAGUGCCGGCACCAUUAGGUGGCCUUCUCAUCCUGGGGGAAACAUCCAUCAAAUAUAUCGAUGAUGACAACAAUGAAAUAAUAUCUCGACUUCUGGAAGAGCCAACCAUAUUUGUGGCCUGGGAGCAGGUGGAUAGCCAGAGAUGGUUGCUGGCUGAUGACUACGGAAGACUGUUCUUUCUCAUGCUCGUCUUAGAUUCGAAUAAUGAAGUACAAGACUGGAAGUUAGACUUCUUAGGGAAAACGUCACGGGCGUCUGCCCUAGUGUAUCUUGGAGGUGGCAUUAUAUUUGUGGGAUCUCACCAAGGAGAUUCCCAGGUUUUGCAAAUCGGCAACGGCUCGUUCGAAACUAUCCAGACCCUGUCAAACAUUGCCCCUAUUCUCGACUUCACAAUAAUGGACCUCGGGAACCGUACCAGUGACAGCCAAAUGCACGAAUUUUCAUCGGGGCAGGCUCGAAUCGUCACUGGAUCCGGUGCGUUCGACGAUGGAACACUGAGAAGUGUGCGAAGUGGAGUUGGCAUGGAAGAGCUGGGCGUCCUAGGUGAUUUGGAGCACAUUACGGACCUGUGGGGUUUGCAAGUUGCAGCUAGCGGCGAUUUUCUCGACACGCUUCUUGUCACGUUUGUAGACGAAACGCGGGUCUUCCAAUUCAGUGCCGACGGUGAAGUGGAAGAAUUGCCACAAUUUCUGGGGCUCAGCCUUUCGGAGAACACACUUCUCGCUGCUAACCUGUCUGGAGGGCGGAUAUUGCAGGUGACCGAACAGAGAGUUCUCUUUGCCGAUAUGGAGGGUGGGAUGGUCAUACAUGAAUGGACGCCGCCAAAUAGGCAGGUUAUUACUGCUGCCUCUGCGAAUGAUGACGUACUAGUCUUGGUAAUUGGUGGUGAGCAUGUGACGGUAUUGGAUAUCAGGAACGAGGUGCAAGUCGUCGCGCAAAAGGAUUUCGGGGCAGAUAUUCAGAUCUCCGGCGUCACCCUUCCUUCAUCCCCAGGAGAAGUCUGCAUUGCUGCGUUCCCCCAAUUAGCGAAGGUUUCGGUUCUUAGGCUUCAGGACUUGAGCGAGCUUCACACUACGUCGCUAGGCCCUGCUGGCGAAGCUUUUCCAAGAUCUGUGCUGGUCACGAACGUUCUCGUGGACAGCCCGCCGACACUCUUCAUCUCCAUGGCCGAUGGUAGUGUCAUUACUUACGCGUUCAACACAAAUGAUUAUUCUAUGACGGGUGUCAACAAAUUAAUUCUUGGAUCUGAGCAGCCGACAUUUAAAAAGCUGCCCCGGGGUGAUGGGCUAUACAAUGUGUUUGCAACAUGCGAGAACCCGAGUUUAAUUUAUGGCUCCGAGGGUCGCAUCGUUUACUCGGCUGUAAACUCAGAAGGCGCAUCUCGUAUAUGUCAUUUCAACUCCCUGGCGUAUCCUGAAUCAAUUGCUGUCGCCACUGCACAUGAGCUGAAGAUCGCUUUGGUCGAUAAGGAGCGAACGACCCAAAUCCAGACUCUCCCAGUCGGCGCAACUGCCCGCAGAGUUGCUUACUCUUCUUCAGAGAAGGCGUUCGGUAUUGGCACUAUACAACGGAAGCUGGAACAUGGAGCUGAGAUAGUCACGAGCCAAUUUCUGCUCGCGGACGAGAUUCUAUUCCGGCGUCUUGACCAUUUUGACCUCAGACCGGAGGAACUGGUCGAAAGUGCCAUUCGAGCUGAAUUCCCCGCGGGCAAAGACGAAAGCGGGCGAGAUAUCUUCAAGGACCGAUUCAUUGUUGGGACGACAUAUAUAGACGGUGACGAAGAGGACACCAUCCGCGGGCGGAUCCUCAUAUUCGAAGUUGACAACGGUCGUAAAUUGGCCAUGGUAGCCGAACUUCCUGUUAAAGGGGCUUGCCGUGCCCUGGCUAUGUUGGGUAACAAAAUAGUGGCCGCACUUGUGAAGACGGUCGUUAUCUAUGAUGUUGUGAGCAACAAUUUUGGGGCAGCAAAGAUCGAAAAGUUGGCUAGCUAUCGAACAUCAACCGCGCCAGUGGAUGUGACUGUGGCCGGCAACUUGAUUGUCGUCUCCGAUCUUAUGAAGAGUGUAUCCCUCGUGGAAUACAAAGAAGGCGAGAACGGUCUGCCUGACUCACUAACAGAGGUAGCUCGUCACUUUCAGACUGUGUGGGCCACAUGUGUCGGCUGUAUUGGCCCGGACACGUUCCUAGAAAGUGACGCAGAAGGAAACCUUAUAGUUCUUCGUCGCAACCUCAGCGGGGUUGAGGAAGAUGACAAGCGCCGUCUAGAGGUGACAGGCGAAAUCUCCUUGGGAGAAAUGAUCAAUCGCAUCAGGCCGGUCAACAUUCAACAAUUAGCCGGUGUCAUAGUUACCCCAAGAGCUUUCCUGGGAACGGUUGAGGGCUCCAUCUACCUCUUUGCCAUUAUCAAUCCUGAACACCAAGACUUCCUGAUGCGCCUCCAAGCUACCAUGGCCAGUAAGCUUGAAUCUCUGGGAGAUAUGCCAUUUAAUGAAUUCCGAGGGCUCCGCACGAUGGUCCGGAUAUCCAAAGAGCCGUAUCGCUUUGUGGAUGGGGAGCUGAUCGAGCGGUUCUUAACCUGCGAGCCAAGUCUCCAGGAGGAGAUCGUGAAUGCGGUUGGCGUGACGAACGUGCAUGACGUCAAAGUUAUGAUCGAAGCGCUGCGGCGACUGCAUUAG